AUGCGAGCUGUUACAAGAAAUAGGCUGAUGAAUAAUCUAUACCUAGGUACUUUUCUAGUAGCUUUUUCAAGUGUAGCACUUGGUUCUAUACUUCCGUGUCCUGCUCAUACCGUGAAUUCAGAGUCUGAUCACAAAUGUGAUAAAAUAGAUACUACUGAAAAGAAAAAUAUUCAUGAUCCAACAUAUCGAAUAGAAUAG